AUGUCUCGGUUCUUGGAUAUGACGGUGUUUGGACAAGCUGGUCGCUACCUUCGUCUCACCAACCUGGAGCACCUGGCUGCGAAGUCCCAGGCUUUUGACGGUACGAAGCGAGUCUGGAUGCCCGAUGAUGCUGAAGCGUAUAUAGAAGUGGAGGUUAGAGAGCUGAAUGGAGACAAAACCACUGUGGAGACCAAGGACGGACGGUUUCUGAUCGUGAAAGAAGACGACCUGCAGCCAAUGAACCCUCCAAAGUUUGACAUGAUGGAGGACAUGGCCAUGUUGACUCACCUAAACGAAGCUUCGGUCCUCUUCAACCUGAGGAGGAGAUACAGCAUGUGGAUGAUCUAUACGUACUCUGGUCUCUUCUGUGUGACCGUCAACCCGUACAAAUGGCUGCCAGUCUACUCUGCUGAGGUGGUGACGGCCUAUAAAGGCAGGCGUCGUGCAGACACGCCGCCCCACAUCUACGCCAUCGCUGACAACGCCUACACCGACCUGCUGCAGAAUCGCGAGAACCAGUCAAUGCUGAUCACUGGUGAGUCAGGUGCAGGGAAAACGGUCAACACCAAGAGGGUGAUUCAGUACUUUGCCAUCAUCGCCGCUCUGGGAGAAAAUGUGAAAAAAGGAGGGUCUUUAGAGGACCAGAUCAUCGAAGCCAAUCCAGCCAUGGAGGCGUUCGGCAACGCCAAGACCAUCCGCAACGACAACUCCUCUCGCUUUGGAAAGUUCAUCAGGAUUCAUUUCGGGCCGACAGGGAAGCUGGCGUCUGCUGACAUCGAGAUCUAUCUUCUAGAAAAGUCCAGAGUUGUGUUUCAGCAGCCAGGAGAGAGAAGCUACCACAUCUACUACCAGAUCCUGUCCAAUCACAAGCCAGAACUACAAGACAUGCUGCUGGUGACCACCAACCCCUACGACUACCACUUCUGCUCUCAGGGUGACACCACAGUGGAGAGCAUCAAUGAUGGAGAGGAGCUGAAGCUCACGGAUCACGCCAUGGACACGCUGGGCUUCACUCCAGAGGAGAAAUAUGGAUGCUAUAAGAUCGUUGGUGCCAUCAUGCACUUCGGUAACAUGAAGUUCAAGAAGAAGCAGCGGGAGGAGCAGGCCGAGGCAGACGGCACAGAGAGUGUGGAUAAGGCAGCCUAUCUGAUGGGCAUCAGCUCUGCUGACCUGCUGAAAGGUCUGCUGAACCCACGCGUCAAAGUCGGAAACGAGUUCAUCGUUAAAGGACAGACUGUAGAGCAGGUCAACUAUGCAGUGGCAGCCUUGGCCAAAGCCACGUAUGACCGCAUGUUCAAGUGGCUGGUGAGUCGUAUCAAUUCGUCGUUAUACACCGCUCUGCCUCGUCAGUACUUCAUCGGCGUCCUCGACAUUGCCGGCUUCGAGAUCUUUGAGUUCAAUAACUUCGAGCAGCUGUGCAUCAACUUCACCAACGAGAAGCUGCAGCAGUAUUUCAACCACCACAUGUUCAUCCUGGAGCAGGAGGAGUACAAGACUGAGGGGAUCGAGUGGACCUUCAUAGACUUCGGUUUGGACUUACAGGCCUGCAUUGACCUCAUCGAGAGGCCCAUGGGUAUUCUGUCCAUCAUGGAGGAGGAGUGCAUGUUCCCCAAGGCCACGGACCACAGCUUUAAAACCAAACUCUACGACAACCAUCUGGGGAAGUCGCCCAACUUCCAGCGGCCACGGCCGGACAAGAAGCGCAAAUAUGAGUCGCACUUUGAGGUUGUUCACUAUGCUGGAGUGGUGCCGUAUAAUAUCACCGGCUGGCUGGAUAAGAACAGAGAUCCUCUGAAUGAGACGGUGGUGGUUCUGUUCCAGAAAUCCUCCCACAAACUAAUGGCUGGACUGUUCGAGAACUACAUCAGCUCUGAGAUGGCCAGCGAUCCGAAGGCUGAAACCAAACAAAGGAAGAGGAAAGCAGCUUCCUUCCAGACAGUUUCACAGUUACACAAGGAGAACCUGAACAAGCUGAUGGCGAACCUCCGCAGCACUCAGCCUCACUUUGUCCGCUGCAUCAUCCCCAACGAGACCAAGAAUCCAGGUGUGAUGGAUCCCUUCCUGGUCCUCCACCAGUUGAGGUGUAACGGAGUCCUCGAGGGGAUCAGGAUUUGCAGGAAGGGCUUUCCAAACCGAAUCCUGUAUGCUGAGUUUAAACAACGCUAUCGCAUCCUGAAUCCUGCUGCGAUUCCAGAGGACUCGUUUGUUGACAGCAGGAAAGCUGUGGAGAAACUGCUAGGAUCCCUGGACAUAGACCACAGCCAAUACAAGUUCGGACACACUAAGGUGUUUUUUAAGGCAGGUCUGUUGGGUCAGUUGGAGGACAUGAGGGACUCCCGUCUGUCUCAGAUCCUCACCACUGUUCAGGCCAUGUCCAGAGGGAAGCUGAUGAGGAUGGAACGACAAAAGAUGAUGCUGCAAAGGGAUGCUGUGAUGGUGAUCCAGUUCAACCUCAGAGCAUUCUUCUCUGUGAGGACUUGGCCGUGGAUGAUGUUGUUCUAUAAGCUCCGCCCCCUGCUCAGGAGCGCCCAGGUGGAGAAGGAGCUGGCUGCACUCAAAGAAGAUUUCGCCAAGUUAAAAGAGGCCUUCGACAGGUCGGAGGUGAAGCGCCGGGAGGCGGAGGAGCGACAGGUGGUUUUGGUUCAGGAGAAAAAUGACCUGGGUCUACAGCUCCAAGCUGAGCAGGACAACCUGAUCGAUGCAGAGGACCGCUGCAACCAGCUGAUUCAGUCCAAAAUCUCUCAGGAGUCGAAGCUGAAGGAGAUGCAGGAACGUCUGGAGGAUGAAGAGGAGGUGAGCACCACGCUGAUGUCCAAGAAACGUCAGCUAGAGGACGAGGUGACAUCACUGAAAAGAGAUGUGGACGACCUGGAGAUGACCCUGGCUAAAGUGGAGAAAGACAGACAUGGAGUGGAGAACAAGGUGAAGAACCUGUCCCAGGAGAUGUGUGUUCUGGAUGAAUCCAUAGCGUCUUUGAGCAGAGAGAAAGCCGCCCUACAGGAAGCUCACCAGCAGGUUCUGCAUGACCUCCAGGCGCAGGAGGACAAGGUCAACAUGCUGGCCAAGGCAAAAACUCGGCUGGAGCAGCAAGUGGACAAUGUAGAAAGCUCUCUGGAGCAGGAGAAGAAGGUGCGGCUGGAUCUGGAACGUACUAAGCGGAAGCUGGAGGCAGAUCUGAAGCUGUCCAUGGACUCAGUGAAGGACCUGGAGAACCAGAAGGAAGAGCUGGAGGAGAGACUGAAAAAAAAAGACUUUGAGUUGAGUCAUCUUCAGUCUAAACUGGAGGAUGAACAGAGUUUGGUUGCUCAGCUUCAGAAGAAGAUGAAAGAGCUUCAGACUCGCAUUGAGGAGCUGGAGGAGGCGCUGGAGGCGGAGCGGGCGUGGCGCUCCAAAGCCGAACGUCAGAGGAACGACAUCGCCAGAGAGUUGGAGGAGCUCGGAGAGAAACUGGAGGAGGCAGGAGGAGCCUCAGCUGCUCAGAUCGCUCUCAACAGGAAGCGGGAGGCAGACUUCCUGAAGAUGCGGCGGGAGCUGGAGGAGGCAGGGCUUCACCAUGAGGCGACGGCCGCCACUCUGAGGAAGAAGCACUCAGACACGGUGGCGGAGCUCAGCGAGCAGAUCGACAGUCUGCAGAGAGCCAAACAGAAACUGGACAAGGAGAAGGCCGAGUUCAGGCUGGAGGCCGACGACCUGGCUGCUCACGUGGAGCAGCUGACCAGGGCCAAGGGGGCUGUGGAGAAGAUGUGCAGGGUUUAUGAGGACCAGCUGAAUGAAAGCAGGGGCAGAACAGAGGAGCUGCAGAGACAACUGACAGAUGUUUCUGCUCAGAAAGCACGAGCGCUCACAGAGAACGCUGAGUACAGCCGUCGUCUGGAGGAGCGGGACGCUAUGAUUGGUCAGCUCCAGCGCUCCAAGGCGGGGGUUUGUCAAAACUUUGAAGGACUGAAGAGGCAGCUGGAGGAGGAGAGCAAAGCUCGUGUGGCGCUGGCUCAUGCAGUGCAGGCCUCCCGUCAUGACUGCAGUUUGCUCAGAGAGCAGCUGGAGGAGGAGCAGGAGGCCAAGGCCGAACUGCAGAGGGCGCUGUCCAAAGCCAACAGCCAGGUGGUUCAGUGGAGAGCCAAGUACGAGACGGACGCCGUGCUGAGAAUCGAGGAGCUGGAAGACGCAAAGAAGAAGUUGGUGGUCAGACUGCAGACUGUUGAGGAAGCAGUAGAGACGUCUCAGGCGAAAUGUUCCUCACUGGAGAAAACGAAGCAGGGUCUGCAGACAGAGGUUGAAGACCUGGUGGUUGAACUGGAGCGAUCCAACGCUGCUGCUCUGGCUCUGGACAAGAAGCAACGCAACUUCGACAAGUUGUUGAGUGACUGGAAGAUGAAGUUUGAGGAGAGUCAGACGGAGCUGGAGGCGUCGCAGAGAGAGUCCCGCAGUCUGAGCACCGAGCUCUUCAAACUGAAGAACUGCUACGAAGAAGCUCUCGACCAUCUGGAGACAGUUAAACGAGAAAACAAGAACCUGCAAGAGGAGAUACUAGACCUGACAGAUCAGAUCAGCCAGGAAGGCAAGACCAUCCAUGAGCUGGAGAGAGUGAAGAAGAUCCUCGAUGUGGAGAAGAGUGAUAUCAGAGCAGCUCUGGAGGAGGCUGAGGGUACUCUGGAGCACGAGGAGAGUAAGACCUUGAGGUUUCAGAUGGAGCUGCAGCAAAUAAGGACUGAGAUUGAGCGCAAGAUUGCAGAGAAAGAUGAGGAGAUUGACAACCUCAGGCGGAGCCACCAGCGCUCUCUGGAGACCAUGCAGGCCAAUUUGGAGGCGGAGGUUCGUAGUCGCAGUGAGGCGGUUCGUCUGAGGAAGAAGAUGGAGUCUGACCUGAAUGAGAUGGAGGUUCAGCUAGCACAUGCUAACAGACAGGCGGCCGAGAGCCAGAAGAUCAUCAGACACCUGCAGACACAGGUUAAAGAGCAACAGGUGGAGCUGGAGGAUAAAGUCCAGUUGACCAAUCAGCUUAAAGAGCAGGUGGUCCUUUUGGAGCGACGUUGUUCUCUGAUGACGGCUGAGGAGGAGGAGCUGCGUGGGAUCCUGGAACAAACCGACCGCGUCCGCAAGAUGGCUGAACUCGAGCUGGUGGAGGUGGCGGAGAGAGUGAACCUGCUCACCACUCAGAACUCCAGUCUGGUGAACCACAAGAGGAAGUUGGAGGCCGAUCUGUCUCUGCUGGCAGGAGAGGUGGACGAGGCGGUGCAGGAGAGUCACAGUGCUGAAGAGAAAGCCAAGAAGGCCAUCACUGAUGCGGCUCUGAUGGCAGAGGAGCUGAAGAAAGAGCAGAACAGCAGCAGCAUGUUGGAGAGAAUGAAGAAGAACAUGGUGUCUACGGUCAAAGAGCUGCAGGUCAAACUGGACGAGGCGGAGCAGAUGGCGCUGAAGGGAGGAAAGAAACAGCUUCAUAAGCUGGAGACCAAAGUGAGGGAGCUGCAGACAGAGCUGAUGGUGGAGCAGAAGAAGAGCGAGGAGUAUCAGAAAGGAGUCCGUCGCUACGAGAGACGAUGCAAAGAGCUGACGUACCAGUCGGAGGAGGACAGGAAGACUCUGCUGAGGAUGCAGGAGCUGAUCGACAAGCUUCAGACAAAAGUCAAGAGCUACAAGAGACAAGCUGACAGCGCUGAGGAGCAGGUGAGCUGCAGCAUGGUGCGCUUCAGGAAAGUCCAACAUGAGCUGGACGACGCCGAGGAGAGAGCUGACAUCGCCGAGACGACCGUCAACAAGCUGCGGAUUCGAACCCGCGAACAAACCAGCAAGGUCGCCAUGAUCGCCGAAUGAAGCUCUGCUGCCUCGUCAAACACCAUCAGUGUUUUCUGCUGUGAUGAUUUUCAUGUUUGAUUUGUGCCGUGUGUGUUUAUGAUGAUGGUCCAGGAUCAUGGGGGGACGCAUAAAUCUGCAUUUGCUGUAUGUAGCCACGUCGGUGUGUUCCUAUAGUUCUCCAGUAUAAAGCGCUGUGAUGUGGUCUGUGGGGGAAGUGCUGAGGACUGUCCGUCUGACAGCUGGUGUCAGCAGCUGUCGACUAGACUACAUGGAUUCGCAGAUCUGAACUGUUUGGAGCCAAACUCUGUCGCACAGUCUGAGUGAGUUCGUAAUGUUCUCAGUUUGUUUGGUGACAUAGAAAUGCUGAGAUGGUGGGAGAGGACUCUAACUGUCACACAGUGCGAGGCUGUGGCUAUUGUUAGUAAACAUGACUAAACUCUUCCUCAUUUUAAGUUUGGAGCUGAGACA